UAAGAGGAGGGUUUUGUUUCCCUGACUUCUCCGCGACCUGUUCCGACCAUCGUCGCAGCAGCUGCAGCAAUGGCGCCAGCUGUUACGGUUAACCCUACCACUGUUGCUAGUGAAAACUCCGGCCGGGUUUACUCGGACGAUGAGCCAUCAGGUCACGGAGCCCCUGUUGGUUUCCGGAAGCUGCCACAGCCGCAAUUGCAACAGAAGAUGGGAGUUGAUUUACCUUCCCCAGAUGCAGCUGCAAGAGAUGCCAAUUCUCGCCCAAAACCAGUGUUCUAUCAAGAUCCAGUCGCACCUGCAUCUCCCGCUAGAGACAACAGGGUCCUUGCGAUUCAUGUACCCUUCGGCGCAGCAGCAGCAGCAGCUUCCUCACCAACUCGAUCAGCAGCAAUACCCAAUGAUGUGUAUGCACACCGGGUAGACCUUGCCACUGAAAUUGUAUGCCUGCCUGUGGUUGAUAGGAAAGGUGUGUCACACGAUUGUCUCGAGGCAACAGUGUCAGUGAUUGUGGUUGAGUGUGCUUUGGUCAAAGUUGUCAGGCAGUAUUGA